CUGAAAAAAAAGAAAAAAAAAAAUUACGAACGGGUUCUCUUUCUCUUCGUCUGCCCAACAGGCCAACACGCUGCCGCCCUCCAGCACGCCGUUGGCGAGGACAGACGACGCCGGUCAAGCCACUCCACGAGGCCCACGUCGGGAAUCUGAGAAUCACCGCCAGUUCUUCAAGCUACCGUCGAUGAGUUAUUGAAGAGGUGAAAUCCAGUGUAUUUGCUUAUUUUUCUGAAUUGAUCCACGUUGAUUUGUCAUUUUCUCAUUGGAGGGCACAAAGGUAUUAGUUGUGCAAAGACCGUACAGAAGUUAUUCUCGGCCCGGAAACAGACGAGAAAAGAAAAGGAAUAGAAAGACAGAUUUUUGAAUCGCACGUGUGCCCGACGGCGCUUCGUAGAGCGUGUUAACGUAGUCAUGGCAACGACCAAGUCUCGGACGAGCAGCUUCUCUCGCAACCUCGCAGCCGUACCCUCAUCUACUAACCCGGGGCUCAAGUAUGGUCCCAAUGGCACGAUCUUUAUCUCUUCUGGGAUACCAGACCUUGAUAAGAUUUUAGGCGGUGGGUUUCCUUUGGGAAGCCUAGUCAUGGUGAUGGAAGAUGCAGAAGCGCCUCAUCACAUGCUUUUGUUGAGGAAUUUUAUGUCUCAAGGACUUGUUCACAAGCAACCCCUUCUGUAUGCCAGUCCAUCCAAAGACCCGAAAGGAUUUCUGGGCACUUUGCCUAGUCCAGGGUCAGCCAAAGAUGAUAAAUCUCGCAUUCGUGAUCCUGAACAGGAAAAGGGUUUGAGGAUUGCUUGGCAAUAUAAGAAAUACUUUGAUGAACAUCAGCAGAGUUUUGAUAGCAUUAGAGAUGGUAAGUAUGAGUACUGCAAUGACUUUGACUUGCGGAAACCCCUAGAAAGGCACUUUCUAAGUAGUCAGCAUAUAGAUUGUGUCAGCAUUCAAGAAACUCAAGAUCUUACUGCUCUCCGCAAUCGUUGUGCCACAUUUUUGACUCAAUUUCCAAGAAAUGAUGGCAACAUUUCCCCUGCUGGUCGUAUUGCCAUCCAGUCAUUUUGUUCCCCACAAUGCGAAUAUUCUAACAUGGAAUGGGAUAUGCUUUCCUUUAUUAGAUCUCUGAGAAGCAUGAUCCGGUCUUCAAAUGCAGUUGCUGUUGUGACAUUUCCACCUUCCCUUCUUUCACCAUCGUUCUCUAGAAGAUGGCAGCACAUGGCGGAUACCUUGCUGUCUGUGAGAGCAAUCCCAGACGAGGACAAGGAAUUGGCAAAACUCCUCACUGGUUACCAGGAGAUGGUUGGUCUUCUGAAUGUACACAAAGUAGCACGUAUUAAUACCCAGGUUCCUGUGAUUCUUGAGGCGACAACAUUCUCAAUAAAGUUGCAAAAGCGGAGAUUUUUAGUUUUAGAAUGUCUAAAUCAAGCCCCAAUCGACAGUUCAAGUGGGAGUUCGUAUGGCACGUCUGCCACUUGUUCUGGAACUUCAAAGUCUGGGACCCUUGAUUUCUAGUUCCGAACUUAAUCUCACUGCUCCCUAUAGCCGGUAUGCAAUUCAUCUUGUUUAAGGUACUUCGAGAAUGCUCAGCCAUUGCCAGAAAAAUUGCUGGUCUGUGCUGCCAAAGUCCUUCAGGUUUCUGAUCUUCAACUGACCUUAGCAGUACUAUCAUCUGAAUUGGGCAUUAUGCGUUUUACAUAUCUUUGCUGCCAAAGUGUAGAAGACUGCUUCAUACCACUUUUGAAUUAGGAAACUGAGAGUCAUUAGUGCCAUUGAAGUAAAUUUACGCUGCCCCUGAUAUGUACAUGUGAUCAGCGGAGCCGCUGUGGGGGUGUGAGGUGGUGGAGCCACCCCUCCCCCUUAAGAUCUGCCCCUACUGUGGGGGUUCAGGGUGGGAGAAAGGAUGGAGUGCAGAUCCACCCCUACACCCCUAUCCCUCGCCUGUGAGAGUGGGGGUGGUUGUUGUUGUUGUUUUUUUUUAAUAAUUUUAUUUUCAGCUUUUCAUUUCUUGUAUUUUGUUUUUAAUUUAUUGGGCAUUACAAGAUAUCGUGCCAUGGCUUUUUGAUACAAGUAAAUCUGAUUUCAUUA